AUGGAGAAUCAAUUUAGCGCUGUCGCUAAAGUUAUCCUAAAUCUGAGGGAUUUGAACUGCCAUUUGUUCUCUUUCAAGAGCGAUGUCCAACAGUUAUUCCAAUACCACUCCCGUGCCUCCUCAAACGAACUAGGAGGCCAUGUUGCAGAGGAACAGACCGCCGCCAUGGGCGCUUUCGCCGCGCCUGCUGCCCAAACGCUCCCGACUCGGGGAGAAGAAGGCGACCAAGAAAAUUUUGCUAUGACGGCAGCAGACAACGCCAUGACACUCGUCUCUCUGUUUGGAAGUUUUUCCGACCCUUCGGACUUCCUUAGCCAUGAAGAUGAAGCAGCUGUAUUGGUGUUCCCAGAGGGCCAUCUUGAGUUUCUUCGCUAUACCUACAGCUACCGUUAA